GGGUCAAAGGCGCUCUUGUGGUGGAGUGGUAACACGCCUGGUUCGAAUCGGAAAAAAUUACCAUCGGGGGUUUCUCCUCCCGCCCCUCUCGUGGGGCGGUAAGGUUUUGCCAUUCUGGAGGACACUGUUCAAUUUUAUUUUUUUGCCUUUGAAAGAAUAGAGUCGGUAGGUGAGAUUGGUGUCGUCGGCGAAGCAAGGCGACGUCAACAUAUAUUGUGGGGCAACAAGCGGGAAAAAGAGGCGGUCUGUUUAGCUACGCGGAGUUGGGAUGAGAAUACUGGGAUAACCGAAUGAUAAAUAUAUGGUGAACGUGAUGGUGAAAUUGGAGAUGAAGACGAGUGAAUUGCUGCACGUAAUAACCAGCGUUGAAGGCGAGACGGCAAUAGCAGACCACUUACUUACUACACGCCGAUUUAUGCUUUCAUCUCAUUUCCUGCUACUUGCCAUAUCUCUUCGUUUACACAAUAUCCUUUCUUAUCCUGGACGGGCCAAAGGCUCUGAGUUCAUCAAAAGACGUUUGUCAACCAAUCACCGAGUUUGUGAAUGCUCCGAGCAUCACCAAUUGGCUAUCUAUCACAAUAGUUUAUGUGUCCAAUCUACUCUUCCGAGUUUCUCAAACCCACCAUCUCGCCCUCUUUUGCUAUUUCUCUAAUCUGCAUCACCUCUGCAGGCAUCAUUUUGGAGACGAGGCAUAAAAGUGUCUUGAUCUUUAGAUACCAAUCUGAAUUUGAACAUAGGAAGGAGGUCACUCAUCCAGCACUAAUAUGGCCGUUCAAGUUUAAGUAUUUCACUACUACUAUUUUUUCGUGGGGAUGGAAGAGAAGGACGGCAACGCAUAUUAGAGAGUAUAAGUAAGAAAACGGCGUUUUUGUGAACGAGGGGAGUGGAUUAUCAUGAGAUGAAUAAGUCCUAGAUGAAGACGAUGAAGUGAAAGGGAAUGAUUUGACGUUAGAAAUCUAGCUAUGUGUAGAAACGAGUGCAGGUAUUCCAUGAAAUGUCAUGUAGAGGCUGUUGAUCUAUGAAGCAUAUCAGGAUGAACUAGGUAGAUGUAACACUGUACAAUAUCGUCAGGGAACA